CGGAACCGCGGCGGCUUCGACUGGAGGCGCCGGGCCUCGGCCGCGGCGCGGAGGCCGGGACUAAGAUCCAGGCUCGCGCGCGUCCUGCUCGUCGACAAGGUGGACUACCUCCAGUGGAUCGGCACCGCCGCGGCCUUCUUCUUCGUCACCAUCCUCGUCGUCGCCUUCCUCCCCGGAUCGCUCGUCCUCGACAUCCCCGCCAUGCCGCUCCCCUCCAGGCGCGCCAGCGCUGGCGCGGGCAGGACCCACCCCUUGCCGCCUCCCGGGCUGGACAGCGGCGAGGGCCUCGCGUUCGAGCCGACCAGGCUGCGGGAGAGGUGGGCGAGGGAGCGGAGGGAGGAGGCCGAGAGCCUGGCGGACCUCGGGAUGCCCGUGAAGAGGGCCGGGGCACGGAAGCCGCGCCUCGCGUUGGAUGAAAAACUUCAAAAAUUGUUGGGUCAUUUCCAGAAGGACUAUGAAGGUGGAGUAUGUGCUGAGAACUCGGGGUCACAAAUGGGAGGUUAUGGUUCAUUCUUGUACCCCCAGCGUUCUCUGUCUGUUAUAUCUCAAUCUAGAAGUCCUGCAGUUCCUCCAAACCAUGGCAAUGCCUCUAGAUCACCUUAUGUUCCAGUGGAGAGUGCACGGAAGAGUCAUUUUGUCAAGACUGAAUUAGAUAGCAGGGGAAAAGAUGAUUAUUGUCGAAGAACAUCGAAUGGGAUCAAUGGUAAUCCUCAUCAACAGAUUUUGAACAGAGCAGUCAAUGGUCCCGAGCAAAAGGCACCUAAAAUACGUAUCAAGGUGAACAGCAGUAGAAGUUUGGCAAGAAAUACUGCUGCUGUCUACAGAUGGUCCGGGCCUCGACAUUUCUCCUUCAUCCUCUAUGGAUGA